UUGUAUUUGUUAUCAGUGAAUAUUUAAAGAAUCAAAGUAAACUAUAAUUACAAUUGCAGAUAAGAUGUACUAUUUAAUUCAUUCGGCUUCUUCAUUUGACCCUUCUCAGUCGUACAAUAAACAUGUCGAGUCUAGUAAAAAAGUCUAUAUUACUUACAAAAUUAAUAAAACAUGCAAAUUGCGGUACAAAACGACUUAGUUCGCACUUUACUUACUUCCCUGACAAUGAGAAACCCGUGGAAGGUGAUACAACAAGAAUGAACAUGAUGCAAGCCAUCAACAAUGCAAUGGACCUCACCCUAAAGAAUGACCCCACCGCGGUGGUGUUCGGUGAAGACGUAGCUUUUGGUGGAGUUUUCAGAUGUGCAUUGGGAUUGCAGGAGAAAUAUGGCAAGGACCGAGUGUUCAACACUCCAUUAUGUGAGCAGGGUAUUGCAGGCUUCGGCAUUGGCCUGGCCACAGCGGGAGCGACGGCUAUAGCUGAGAUACAGUUUGCUGAUUACAUAUUUCCAGCUUUUGAUCAGCUAGUGAACGAGGCAGCAAAGGCCCGGUAUCGUUCUGGGGGUCAGUACGCGUGCGGGGGACUGACUGUCCGGGCUCCCGGCGGAGCCGUGGGUCACGGGGGGCUGUACCACUCGCAGUCACCAGAGGGACUGUUCGCACACGUGCCCGGACUCAGAGUGGUGGUGCCCCGAGGUCCAAUUGCAGCCAAGGGUCUCUUACUGUCCUGCAUACGAGAAAAGGAUCCAUGCAUAUUCCUGGAGCCGAAGAUCUUGUACCGGUCUGCGACUGAAGAUGUGCCAGUUGAGGAUUAUACGCUCCCACUGGGCAGAGCACAAGUCUUGAGAGAAGGUGACGCGGUGACGCUGGUAGCAUGGGGUACUCAAAUCCACGUGCUGCUGGAAGUGGCCCAAAUGGCCGAAGAGAAGCUGGGCGUCCGCUGCGAAGUUAUAGAUCUGCAAUCGAUAUUGCCGUGGGACGAGGAGACAGUUUGUAAUUCAGUUAAGAAAACCGGCCGCUGUUUGAUAGCCCAUGAAGCGCCCUUAACUUCAGGUUUUGGCGCUGAAAUCGCUGCUACUGUGCAGGAAGAGUGUUUCCUGCAUCUGGAGGCCCCUAUAAGCCGCGUAGCCGGCUGGGAUUCUCCCUUCCCCCACGUGUUUGAACCUUUCUACUUGCCCGGCGUUCCGCGAUGCUACCACGAACUGCAACGACUUUUAGACUACUGAUCAUAUUCAACUUGCAGGAGGGGGAGGGUAUUGUUAUAUGGACAGAUAACCCCGUUGCUAGCAAUGUACCAUGUCAGGUUGACCACUAUGUGGUUUACUCUCUGGAAACCAUUGUGAUUCAUGGUGGAUUUAGCAUGAUGGGCUAACUGACCUGUCCUUGCUCAUCCUAUUAUUUACCACUGGUGUCCAGCUAGUGUAAAUCGUUAGAGCAGAUGAAUACACCAUUCUAUUAUCAUCCAUAAGAAAACAACUCAACAAGCAUGUUAUUCUAGUGUUAUUUUCAAAUAAAUUCGCCUUAAAAUCAAACCGGAAAAUUCUAGAAAGGGCUGCCGCUUUUCUCUGUCCUUGUAUAUAUAUUUUUAAUGGAUGAUAAUGAAAUGGUUCUCCCAUCUUCGUUAACUGUUAGCGAUGGUGGGGAACCAGUAAAGGAUGAUGAUGAUGUCGGGUUAGUUAGCCCAACACGAUCAAUUUACCAGGAGUGUGUCGUGAUGGUUUCCAGGGAGAACCGCAUAGUGGUCAAAAUGACAUGGUACAUUGCUUGCAUGUACAUGGUCGUCAAUGCACAUUACUAACAUUCCCCUUUCCUCCCGCUAUUCUAGUGUUAUAAGCACCAAGUAAUAUUAUUCUUCUCAACUCCACUUCUGUCUUGUAAUCUCAGAUGUAAGAAAAUCAACUUAAAAACACCCGUGCAAAGCCGGAAAACAAUAUAUAUACAUGGCGGUAGACUUUAUAGAAACGUCUUCAAGCAACGGUGUUUUCAUACCGAUACGAUAUAGAAACCUUAAAAAGAGCUUAUUUCUUCUUGAAAGGCCGGCAACGCACUUGGAUUUCCGCUGGUGUUGCGAGUGCUUAUGGGCGGUGGUAAUCACUUACCAUCAGCUGAAAGAUGGUCUUUACGAUCAGUCGUAGGUGAUCUUGCCAAUCGUAUAUAUAUUAAUAUGAUAGUAAUAUAUAUAGAGCAAUAAAUAUAUAUAAUAAAAUAAAAUGCCGAAUUAUGUAAUAUUUCCUCUUUAUAAAACGUAGAUUUAUAUCCGGCCCGAAUUUGCACGAGUGGUUUGUUGUUUAUUCUAUUUUAUAUAUAUUUUUAUAUUUUCAAGUUAUAUAUAGUCUGGACUCUGAACUAGGUCGAAACCUGUACUACAGACCUCUAGGCUAAUAUACUUAUAUAGUGUUGUAUAGGUCAUUGUUUUGUUAUUAAUAAUUGUGAAUUUAAAAAUAUUUCUAUGAAAAAUAUGGUAUGGAAACUAAAUAUAAAAGUUGAUACAAAAAUCGUCUAAAUAAUGCACUAUUAAUAGAUACUAGGUCCCUAAUUCUG